CUGCAACAAGGUCUGGGCCUGCAGCGAUGCCUGAGUCCUCGUGGGGUCCAAAGCUGCUGAGAAACAGAGCUGUAUAUGCUUGGGAGCUACGUUCAGCGGGAGAAAGCAGUUGACCCAGUUACCACCAUUGCUGCAGCACCCAUGAGUAGUGGGUCACUGCUUUGCAGUGCUGUGUCUUCUGAGGCCCAAACUGGGAUGCACUGAUGAUGGCCGGAAGAUGCACAGCUUUAUCCAGCUGAACAUUCUCCACCUGCUCUGCAGAGGCACACGCUCACAUACCUGCCAUUCCUUUCUCUCUGGAACUAAUAUUAAUUGUUAGAGUAGAAUGCACUGCAGUCAGGCUGUGUCUGCCUAGUUCAACAGAAACACAGGUCUGGCCCAGGUGCAGCUCAUGUCAUCAGUCAUCACUGGCAGAGCAUCUGAGACUAUCUAUGAUUCUGUGAUUCCACGAUACCCCUUUAAACAGAGCCCAAAAACUGUUUCUGCAGUUCAGCCUGCCUUACUGGAUCAAUUAGAGAACUACUUCUGAGAACAGAAUGUCUGCACAGCUGUACUUCUAUACCUUACAAGUCCUGGGAUGCAGAGAUAAUGUAGCAAAAAAUCCAGAGUUCCCUUGUUAGUACUCUCAAAUCUCCUUGCUCCUUCCAACAGACUACUCUAUUUAGGUGUCGGUUGUUUAUCUGCUGCAAGCAGCUCAGCCAAAAGGGCAAGAGCUCCCACCCCAAGGGUAGCAGAUAAUUGCAGGUCUCAGCAUUCACACAGGAAGGCAGCUGGCAAUUCUUGUACUAUGCAAGAGUUCCUGGACAGCUGACAGGUCUUACAGUACGUUCUGCCCCAUGAUCUUUCCAGACACAGAGCUGAGGCUUGCCAGCCUGCAGUUCCCAAGUCUUCCUUCCUCCCUUUCUUACAGAUGGCAGCGAUGUUUGCCUUUUUCCAAUCUCUGGGGACAUCUGCCAGCCAGGCGGCUCAGCAGCUGCAUCAGGCAGCUCACUCCAUACAAACAGCAGCAGGGGGUGGGCCCUGUGUGGCCAGCAGAGUGAUGCUGUUGUGCAGUGGUGCAGGCACGGUACUCUGGUGUUGUGUGAUUGCGCGGUGGUACAAGUGCAUUUUGGCUGCAGCACUGGAGGUAAUGUGUAGUGGUGCUGGCACACUGUGUCUGUAUCAUAGAGUGCUCUGCUGUUGGGGCGUUUUGGAUGCAACUUGGCAUUGUGAGACAGUACCAGCACAGCUCCAUGUCCCACAGGAGCAUGAGGCACUGGUGCUGGACUGCUUUAGGCAUGAGGCAAUGGUACAGCAGCUGUACAUGAAGUGGCUGCAGGAGGAGAAGCACUGCAUCCAGAAGCCAUGGGUGUCAUGGGCACCGUGGUUAUGCUGUCCCUGCCCUCAGUGGCCAGCCAGGUGUCAGGCAUUGUCAGCAAUCUGCUGCAGCAUGCUGGAGCUCUUAUCCCCACCAGCAGUCCCUGCAGUGAAGCCACAGUCCAGGCACCAUGAGUUCGGGGAACUGAGUAGUAUUCUGAGAAAGUAAAAGGGAAAGGAAAAAAAGGCAAACAAAGAUAAGCAGGAGGUGGGACAUGGGGAGGAAGGGCCCUGGCUUUACUAUAUAUUGCAGCUUCCAAUCUGUGAUCACAGCAGUCAGCAGCACAACCAUGGAUGCUCCGGUGCUCCCGAUGCCGGCCCCCCUCUGCCUGGUGACCAACAAGGAUGAUGUGCUGUCCCUCAACCCCGUGGCGCUGGCAGUGCUGCGCAGUGUCACCCAGCCCUUGGUGGUGGUGGCCAUUGCCGGGCUGUACCGCACUGGGAAGUCCUUCCUGAUGAAUCAGCUGGCACAGAAACGCACUGGCUUCCCACUGGGCCCCACGGUGCGUGCGGAGACCAAGGGCAUCUGGAUGUGGUGUCUGCCCCACCCGCGCCAGCAGGGAGUGACCUUGGUGCUGCUGGACACCGAGGGGCUGGGAGACCCCAACAAGGAUGAUGAUGACAGCGACACGUGGAUCUUCACACUGGCGCUGCUGUUGUCCAGCACCCUGGUGUACAACAGCAUUGGCACCAUUGACCAGCAGGCACUGGAGCAGCUGCGGCUGGUAACAGAGCUGACAAAGCACAUCCGUGUGCGGGAGGAGGACGACAACCCAGCAUCCAACUUUGUCCGCGUCUUCCCGAGCUUCGUCUGGACCGUGCGUGACUUCACACUGCAGCUGCGGGCCGGUGAAAAGACCCUGAGUGAGGAUGAGUACCUGGAGCAGGUGCUACAGCUGCAGACCGGGAACGGGAAGAAGGCCAAGGAGCGCAAUGAGCUGCGGCGCUGCCUGCGCAACUUCUUCCCCCGCCGCAAGCUGUUCACGAUGGAACGGCCGGCAGCUGCCGCGGAUCUGCCGCGGUUGGAGGAGCUGCGGGAGGACGAGCUGCAGCCGGGCUUCCGGAAACAGGUGGACGCCUUCUGCCGGUACAUCUGGGAGAAGGCGCCGGUGAAGGUGUUGCCGGGUGGGCACCAGGUGACGGGCAGCGCGCUGGCGGGCCUGGCGGAGAAAUACGUGGCGGCCAUCACCAGCGGCGCUGUGCCGUGCGUGGAGAGCGCGGUGACAGCGCUGGCAAGGGCCGAGAACAGUGCAGCAGUGGAGGCGGCGGUGGCCGAGUACCAGCGGGGCAUGGAGCAGGGCCUGGUGCUGCCCACAGCCUCACGCAGUGCUCUGGUGGCCGUGCAUCGGGACUGCGAGCAACGCGCCAUCGCCCUCUUCCUGUCCCGUGCCUUUGCCGACCACGAACGCCAGUACCAUGCGGAGCUGGUGCGCAAGCUGGAGGCGGCCAAGGAGGAGUUCUGUCGGCGCAACGAGGAGGCGUCGGAGCAGCGGUGUCAUGCGGUGCUGCGGGAGCUUUGGAGGGAUGUGGAGCUGCGCCUGCAGAAUGGGGACUACGUGGCACCUGGUGGUGCACAGCUGUUCAAGGAGGACCUGAACCGCGUGCUGGAGGAGUACAAGCGGCGGCCUGGCAAGGGUGUCAGGGCGGAGGCGGUGCUGGAGGCGUUCCUGCGGGAGCGAGAGGGGCUGGCACAGGUGUUGAAGGCCACUGAGGUGCAGCUGGAGCUGGCGGAGCGGCAGCGGGAGGCAGCAGCGGCCGAGGCAGAGGCGGCCCAGCAGGCAGCUGAGGCACGGCUGGAGGAGCAGCGGCGCACCAUGGAGGAGCACCAACGUCAGCUGGAGCAACAGUUGAAGGAGGAGCAGCGUGCGUGGCUGGAGGAGCAGCAGCGCGUGUUGGAGCACCACAAGAAGGAGUAUGAAGCACUGGUGCAGGAGGGCUUCAAGCGUGAGGCGGCAGCCAUGCAGGAGCUGAUCACACAGCUGCAGAUGGAGAAGAAGAACAGGGAGCAGGGCACCUGGAUUAGCUCAGCUCUGAACUUUCUCGGCAGCAUUUUGGCUCCAUUCCUGCCUGGUAUAGCAGGAAAAGCUUUGAAUAAACUGAGGCGCAUGUGAUGUGGACUGUCCUCCAGCAGCUGACCCUGCAAUAAAUCCAGUUGCACUG